UCCACAUCCCCAAGGCACACUGCUUUUUUGUUGUUGCCGAGAGGAAAGUCAGUUCGCGCAGUGAAUUUUUUUCUGUACCAACAACAACUCUAUCAUCUCUUCAAUUACUACAACAACUACAACAACGCGCCUACAACAACAUCAACAAGCACACACUCAGAGAAAAACCAUAGAAAUUAAGAGAAGAAAGCACAGUGUGUGUGCAUGUAAAAAUAGAAAGAAAGAAAGAGCAACAGCAAUAUAAGUACAACACAAGAAGAGCAAUACAGAAGAAAGUUGGAGAAAGCAGCAGAAAAACAACAACAACACCAGCAGCAGGCCAGCUGAGAGCGCUGAGCGCCAGAAAAAAAAAACGAAUCGAGGAAAGGAUCGAAGUCGAUCUUAUUUCUCAACUCACCUCAUCACCAUUAUCCUUUCCCCCACGACCAAAACUCACCUUCGAUCGAGGGUGUAACUUUUGUUGAUUCGAAAAACACACACUCGCAACUCUCAGGAUAUGUACGGCAACAAUAAUCCGGGUAGUAACAAUAAUAACGGCGGUUAUCCCCCAUAUGGCUACAACAACAAGUCGAGCGGUGGGCGUGGAUUUGGCAUGUCCCAUUCUCUGCCAUCCGGAAUGGAUACAGAAUUUUCAUUUCCAAGUUCCUCGUCGCGUCGCGGUUACAAUGAUUUCCCCGGCUGCGGCGGCAGCGGCGGGAAUGGGGGUAGCGCCAACAAUCUUGGCGGCGGCAACAUGUGCCACCUGCCGCCGAUGGCCAGCAACAAUUCGCUGAACAACCUGUGCGGCCUGUCGCUGGGCAGCGGCGGUAGCGACGAUCUCAUGAACGAUCCCCGGGCGAGCAACACCAACCUGAUUGUCAACUACUUGCCCCAGGACAUGACCGACCGCGAGCUGUACGCCCUAUUCAGAGCCAUUGGACCCAUCAACACGUGCAGAAUCAUGAGAGACUAUAAGACUGGCUACAGUUUUGGUUAUGCUUUCGUGGACUUCACAUCGGAAAUGGACUCGCAGCGUGCGAUUAAAGUACUGAAUGGCAUCACAGUGCGCAACAAGCGGCUCAAGGUUUCCUAUGCCCGUCCCGGCGGGGAAUCGAUCAAGGACACCAAUCUGUAUGUGACCAAUCUGCCGCGCACCAUUACCGAUGAUCAGCUGGACACUAUCUUCGGCAAGUACGGUUCCAUUGUGCAGAAGAACAUCUUGCGUGACAAGCUCACGGGUCGUCCACGUGGUGUGGCCUUUGUUCGGUACAACAAGCGCGAGGAGGCCCAGGAGGCCAUAUCGGCGCUGAACAACGUAAUACCCGAGGGCGGAUCGCAGCCGCUGUCCGUCCGGCUGGCCGAGGAGCACGGCAAGGCCAAGGCGGCUCACUUUAUGUCCCAGAUGGGCGUGGCUGCGCCAAAUGUCCCACCGCCGCCGCCACCACCGCCACCACAUAUGGCCGCCGGAUUCAACAAUAUGGUGCACAGAGACGGAGCUAUGGAAAAAUUACGCUCAUUAUUCGAUGCUAUAUGCGAUGCUAUCUUUGGUCUCGAUAGCGAUAACUUUGCCGAUUUGCUUGACGGAUUGUACCGCAGGAAGUACCAUUAUCCUUACUUAUAAUUGACACCGCAACAGCAGCAGCAACUACUACAACAUCAGCAACAGGCGUUGGGCUUCACCAGUAGCACCAACAAUAGUAUUGGCAAUGGUAAUAAUAACGAUAACAACAUGCUACUCUACCACCAGCAUUACCAUCAACAACAACAACGCCUGGGCAAUGUUGCUGCUCACAGUAUGAGUCCGAGUGGAAGCAAUAAUAACAUUAACAACACGAACACAAAUAGCAUAAACUUUAAUACGAUACGCCAGAAUGGAGUUGCUGCCCUUCAUUAUCUUCAGGAGCAAUUGCAAUUGCAACAACCGCAGGAGCAACAAUCACAACAACAGCUGCCGUUGACAAUGCCGUCGCCGCCGCCGUUUCAACAACAAUCACGACAACCACACCAUAAUGGCAGCAGUAGCAGUCUUGGCAAUCAACUGCUUGCCAUAGGCAAUAACAAUAGCUUCAAUAACAAUUCCAAUCACUCCAAUAGUUUUAAUGGUAAUUACAACAAUAGCGCUUUCACCAGCAACGGUGCCAUCAGCAGCACCAACUUUACCAACAACUCCACAAGCAGUGGGAACUUCACCAACAACUCCACAAACAGUGGAAACUUCACCAACAACCCCGCAAGCAGUGGGAAUUUAAUCAAUAACCCCACAAGCAGUGGGAAUUUUUCCAAUAAUGCGGCUAUCAGCAGCAACUUCACCAACAAUAUUUCUGGCAGCAGCAAUUACACCAACAGCAACAGCAGAAACUUCACCAAUAAUGUAUCUAGCAGCAACAACUUCAUCAACAAUGCAGCUAGCAGCAGCAACUUCACCAACAACGUGGCUAGCGGCAGCAACUUCAACAAGACAUCCAGCAGCAACCUGGUUGGAAACAGCAAUGCUGACAGCUGUACCAAUCACGUCAACAACACUAAUAAUCACCACAGCUCGCCGCAGCAUGACUUCAGUUUUAAUAUGUCGACAACUGAACAAGAACUGCAUCAGCAAACACUCAAGUUGCAGCAGCUGCAUCUUAGCAACAGCUUCAACAACACCACAGCAGCAUCAACAACAGCAGCAGCGACAGCAGCAGCAACUACCACUUCCACAACGGCAACGGCAUCAUCCACGAACCCAACAAAUGUCGGAUUUUUAUGGCGUACAUAACCAGAGAGUUGAGAAGCGAAUGAUGAAGGCAAUCUUCAACUUAGAAAUUAUAUAUAACAAACUUAUAUAUAUAUAUAUAAAACUAUGAAUACCUUAUAUUGAUCAUCGUAGUAUCAGCAUCCAUCGAAACCAUAUACAAAAACCCAAAUUUUAUGUUCUCAAACCCCAAGAAUUAACUAUACUUUUUUUUUUUAUAUGUUCCUCACCCAAACCCUUAUGUUGUAGUUGGUUUUUUUGUGCUUUUUUUUGGGAGGAAUCUUUUUUUCUUUUUGUAACUAGCUCUAAGGCAAGACACGUAUAUGUAUACAAAUCAUAAAUAAUUAUAUAUAUAAAUAUAUAUAUAUAGAAUGAGGAAUCGACGAGAAAGGCGAUCUUUUUUUUGCUUAAACUUAGAGAAAAACCUAUGAGAAAUACAUUUUUUUGUCACAUAUUUAUAACGUAUAAUCGUAAAGAAAUACAAAAAAUAUAUAUUAUACAAAAACACACACAUUAUAUAUCUAUAACUAUAUAACAUACUUGUAGGCGUGAAGACAUAAGCUCUGAUUGUUUUUUUUUCUCUGUGUCUGAAACUGAUUUUUUUGGCGCGAACUAUGCCGCAACAACGUACACGGGCAUCGUGUAUGUUUAUAGCUGAAGUUAAUCGAGAUAUAUGAAUACAUAUUAUUUUUUUUCAUAAUUUAUAAAUCCAUUUUUUUGUCUAUAUUAUACGUAACGAAAUGGCUAAACCGGCUGGACAUGCUCAAGUUUUCAGGCUGUUUAUUACUACAUUUAAAACGAAAACAAAAAACUUAGCUAGAAAUAUGCUUGUGUAGGAGAAGGAGAAAGAGACCCAGACAAAAUUACAAUACAAACCCAUUUUUUUCAUAGCUAUAAUGAAUAUGUUUUUUUUUUACUAAGUAUAAAACUUUUUUUGAAAUCCAUUUUUUUUAUUAGUUUACUUUACGAAAGAACUUGAGCAUGUAGCAGCAAGAAAAACGAAAGAAAAUAACAUUCAAAAUCCGUGUAACAAAGAAACGUGAUAAAUAGCCCGACAAAACGAAAAUCAGAGGAAACUGUAUGGGAAAGUAGAAAGAAAGAAUAUAAACGAAAUGGAAAGGAACUUAGAAAAAACACAAAAUCGUAGGAGUGACUUGGUAUGAUUAUUUAAACUUAUCUUAUCUUGAAAAAAGCACACUGUUAAUUAUUUUAACCUUGUAUUUUAUUUAACGCUUUUCUUUUAAUUUAUAUUUUUGUCUUACACCAUUUUCGAUAUUCUAAUUCAGCCAGUCACUCCAUUUGCAGGCAACAAAUAUUUUUUCGGUGUAGGUGCAUAAAUUAAUGAAAGAGAACAACACAAUUAAUGAAACUUCAAAAUAUGCGAUGAUCCUUUUUUGCUAAAUUCUAUAAAUACUUUUAUGAAUUACAUAUAAACAACAACAAAAUUGUAAAACAUUUUAAUUUGUUAAAAUGACAAAAACAUUUCAGAAUUUCAAUUUUAUUUUAUUACUUUAUUACCAUGUCUCUGGCUUAAAACAAAACUUACAAGAAAAUAAGGAAACAAUUAUUUAAGGCAACUUAAUAAACAUUUUCGACACCAACAACAUUACCCCUGAGUUUUCUUUUUAUUUACACAUACCUAUUUACGAUUAAGACUAUGAUAACUAUUUAUUAGGAUUAUGAUUUUCCAGUUUGUGUGGCAUAUUAAGUCAACGAAAUAAGAAUAAUAAAAACUAGUUUUAAGCGAAAAGCGAGAAAGCAGACACAGUAAACACUUACAGCUUGGUUGUGCUGAAUACUAAAUAUAACGAUUCAAAAACAAGAAUAAAAACCGAUAUAUAGCGAAACCGAAUAUUUAUACACAAAAUCGAAAGCGAUUAUUAAAUCAAUAUGUAAGCGACAUUCAUUCUAAAGCCCCUCCAAUCGGGAUGGCGGCGUCAAACUCACUUAAAUCGAAAGCAAAUAGUCUCAACCAAAGUAGCCUUAGUGAAUAAGCGGAUGCAUAACGAAUAUCUGAUUAAUCGGAAGAACUCAUACAUAUGGCACCUUAGCAUGCGGUCGAUCGUCUCGUGUAAUUAGAUUAAGCCAAGGCAAACCAAAAAUAAAUAUUUAUUCAUUUUUUCUUGGAUAGCGAAUCGAGGGAAUAUUUUUUGUGACUAUUUUUUGAGCAUGUGACAAAAGGAAAAUCAUAAAUGAACUUGUUUUUUAAACUGUUUUUUUUUUAUAUCUCGUAACCCUUUAGACAAUUUUUUUUCUUUACUCAUAAGAAGCCAAGCUAAUUUUGUUGUAAUGCCGAGAUCGAAUGGAGACGCAGAAAGUGAAUAGAGUUUUUUUUUUGGUAUUUUUAAUAACUAACGUUGUAGAACAUGGUAACCUCACAGAAAACCUAAUCGCAAAUACAUUUAAAAUGUUGUUCAAUAAAAAACUUAAAGCAUGAAAAGUGUUAAGUAACGUAAAUAUACAUUAUACAUUUUUUUAUAUCAAAGUAAAUGUGUCUAGAUGGUAAAGAUCUUUUUAUAAAGAAAAACCAAAAUACCAGAAAUAUGCAUACAAUUUUUUUUCUAGCUUAAGAGAAGCGUUUUUUAUAUAAACUAUUAUACAAGAAAAACACAAAAAAAAAAACAAAAAACAAACAAA